UAUGUAUUGUAUUUAUUUUCCUCGUUGUAGCGUGGCUUAUCUGUUUUCCAACAUUUACAAAAAAUUAUGACAUAUGUCUUCCUAAAGAAAAAUGGACUUGUUAAAUGCGGAAAAACUAAUGAUUUGAUAAUUGAAUAUUUAGAACAGAGCAUUUCAAAAGCAUAUGUUGAGGUAAAAAGGAAAGAUACAGAGCUGCAACAGAAAUAUUUAGAAGACAAUAGAUUACGUUUGAUGUCAAUAUCGGACCAAACGUUUUGGGAGGCAAAGCCUGCUGCAAGAGUAACUGGAAAAGAACAAAGCCAUAUACACAAAGAUGACAAGAGUCUUGAAAUGGUACCAGUUAGAGAAUGGAGGCAUGGUAAAGAACUUCAUGACUCGAAUGGAUAUUUACGAUAUGGGGUACGAUACAGACACGGUCGUCUUGUUGUACCAGUAGAUGGAACCUACUUUUUGUAUUCAUUUCUUGAUUUCUUCCAGUCAUGUGAUUCGUCAACUGGCACGCCAAAAGUUGUCAACAUCAAUAUUGCGAUCAAACAUGCAAUUUAUAAAGUCAAUAUAUAUGAUAAAGCCGAAACAGAAAUUAUUUCAAACGUUCAACCUCACCAUAUCUCAAAGAACAAGUAUUAUAAUUCAUAUAGUAGCUAUGUGUCUACUAUUGCUAUUCUAAAAGCAGGUGACGAGGUUUCAGUUAAGGUCAGUAAUAUAACGUACUUGCGAUACACAAAAGAUAAUUCUUUUGGACUUUACCUUAUAUGAAUCCGCGGUCCUCUGCCGCAAGUGAUAUCUUUAAUUGUACAUUUAUUAAA